AUGCCCUCGGAUCGAGUCAAGGGGGCACCGGCUGCUCUACCGUGCGACCAGUGUCGCCGGUCCAAAUCUAGAUGUGAUAAGCUAUAUCCGACGUGCUCAUCGUGCUCCAGUAGGGAUCUGCAAUGCGAAUACAGUAGAUCUCGAGAUAAUCGGGUGAGAAGCUUCCAUCACAAGUCCAAGGCGGGAUGCAGGAACUGCAAAGAGCGCCGAAUUAGGUGCGAUGAGGCGAAGCCGGUCUGUGGAUCCUGCCUCAAGCGAGACGAGCGGAGUCUUUGUGUUUUUAGUGAUUGUCAAGGAUCGACGCCCGCAAGCACAAGUGCUAGUCAAGAUUUGGUCGUCGCGGGAAGUCAGGUCGUUCCUUCCACGUCGGCAUCGUCUCCAUCGUCCGUAGCCGCCAUUUGGUCCGCUUUUCAUGAAGCCAGCCGUAGCGCUUCGCUCCUUAUGUUGGUUCCCCAGCCCGACCCCCUGAUCGCAUUUUUUCCUCGUCGACUGAAAGGCAGCAGUUUCACCACUUUGUCCUUGACGCUGUACAAGCUCUGA